GAAGAAGAGAACGAGAGGAAGAAUCAGUUUGAUGCAGAGACUCUCAGCAGAGAUCACUGUAGACUCAGAGGAGAAUAAGAAGAGAGUUUGUACUGCUGAGAAGAAAAGUUCUUCCUGUGGAGGGAGAGACUCAGUCUCUCAGGAUGUUUGCUCUCAUCUUGGCGACUGUGCUUUUCUCUGUGAGAGGCAUCAAUGCAAAUACAGGUGCAUUAGAGAGGCAAUGGACAUGCCAAACGACUGACUUCUGUAUCAAUCUGAGUAAAGAAACCGUGACAGCAGAGGCUGGACUCUGUGUUGUGAUACCGUGUUCUUUUAAUACCAGUUCUACCUUUACGGCCAAACAUAUUGUUUGGUAUAAAUGUGAACCAGCUACAACAAAAUGUGGUGUCUCAGACGUGAUAUUCAAUAAUACUGUGCCUGGAAUAAAAGUUAAGUCUGGGUUCAAAGGUAGAGUGUCACUGUUGGAGCCUGAUGUGACCAAGAAGGACUGCAGCAUCAUCAUCAACCACCUGACUGAGUCAGACUCUGGAUAUUAUCAGUUUAGAGCUGAGGGGACCAUGACUGGUGGAAAAAAAGAUGGAUGGAUGUUUACUAAAAAAACCGCCGUGUCUGUCAAAGCUCUGACCCAGAAGCCCUCAGUGAUGGUUCCUCCUCUGACAGAGGGACAGCAGUCCACACUGAUCUGCACCGCUCCUGGUCUCUGCUCUGGAUCUGCUCCUGAGAUCACCUGGAGGAUUGGACGAGGAGAGAAGAACUCCCACAUCACAGGAAACAUCACUGCUUUCACUGAGACUGUGACUGCUGUCACAAAGAGAUACAACUCAACUUUGAGUUUUACACCCUCUGCAGAGCAUCAUGGCACUGAUGUAACCUGUAAAGUCAUCUUCAAAAACAACAUCACAACAGAGAAGACAGAGACUCUGAGUGUGGCCUAUGUCAAGACCCUCGUCAUCACUGGAAAGAGAGCUGUUCAAGAGGGUGGUGACCUAAAUCUGACCUGCAGUGUUGACAGUUUCCCUCCAUCUGUUAUCACAUGGACCAAAGAGGGCUCAAAUAAAAUCCUGAAGCGUGGCACUGGAACUGCAAACCUCUCCAUCACCAGCAUGUCAGCAGAACAUUAUGGAAAAUACAUCUGCACAGCAUCACAUCAGAUCUCUAAUCUGACAGCAGAGACUGAAGUGAUUCUGGCUUUUUCACCAAGGAUCUUUAACAGCUCAACGUGUGUGCUUCAGUCAAAGAAGCUGACCUGUGUGUGCAUCAGUGAGGGGUUUCCUUUACCAACCAUCAGAUGGCCGCUGGUGAAGAACCACCCCAAGUACUGUCUCACAACUAGCCAGUCCAACAACACAGUCAACGUCAGCAUUACUGUGACUCUAGAAGAUCAGAACUACACCACUUUAGAGUGCAUCAGCAGCAAUGACAUUGAAAAUGUAAAAAAGAACCUGACAGUCAAUGUACACAAUGUGACCAAAGAUGUGCUAAAACCAGAGUAUCCACUCGAGACAGUUUUGAAAACUGUUAAAUGGCUACAAGUCAUCACUGGGUUUUUGAUUGGUGUCAUUCUUUCAGCAACCAUCUGCUGUUUGGUCCAAAAGUACUGCAGGAAAAAAGACAACAGGUCUGGAAAUGUGGAACAAGAGAAUCUGGAGAUGAUGACUACUCAACCCAUUUCAAUCCUAAACAAGAUGGAUGUUGGUCCAGCAAUGGGAAACCAUGAGACUCACAGCCAAGAUGAAGCAAACGGAGGAGCUCAAGCUGCUCAAGCUGCUUUGCAAUCAGCCUCUGGUGCUGAUGUUGAACCAAGAGAUGUGGAAUAUUCAGACCUUGACUUCUCUCUGAUGGCAAGGAGGAGCCCUGCAAGGGCAGGGCGUUUUCAAGAGUCAACAGAGACAGAGUAUGCCGAAAUUAAGAGAGACAAAACAGAGGAGAGUCAGGGUAAUGACAGCGCUGAGCAAGAUGAAAUGUUGGAGGGAAUUGAAGUAGAGGAGGGGAUGAUGGGAGAGGAGAAGGAUGAUUGCAGCCCACAAAAGGAGGAGGAGGAGGCGUUGUAUUCCAAUGUGAAGGAUUUAAUGGGGUAACAACGUAGCACAGAAAGUAAGGAAAUUUGGGUUUGUUAGAUUCUUUCUUUGUUCUAUCAAUGCUUCCUGGCAGUAAAUCUUAUACAGUUGUAAAGUUUGUUCAUUUCUCUUCUUGAUAAAUUGUAAAAUGGCCAAUAUAUCUUGUAUCUUCAGACUUCAAUCAUCCAACCUACUUGAUGAAACCAAACAGGAGUCAAUGGCAGAAUAAGCUGUUUGGCAAAUUUUACGUUUAUACUCAGCUCUGCUGCUCAUCCCACAAAUGCGUGUUCCUAACAAAUGUGGCACCAUUUAAAGGGAAAUAAACAGGCUUUCCAACAGUAUAAGAUUUAUUGCCAAGAAGCAUUGUUACAACAAAGAAAUAACCUACCAAACACAAAUUUCCUCUCUUUGGGCGCUAAGUUUAUGUCGACUGCAGAGACUAACUUUCAAAUAAAUUUUGAAGUUGAGGCAAAACAAUUUGAAAAAUAUGUGACGAAACGUACACACAAGCUUUUAGGCCACGAUUUUAUCAAACAUGAGUGCAAGUUUGUUGUUCAUUAAGUGCCAUUCAUGCAUGCCUGUUUUUUUGUUUUAUUUGAUAUUGACAAUUUUAUGCAUGUGCAAGAAUGUCUUUAUUUCUUUUUCAUUUUGCAUUUUCAUUUUUAAAGAUCUUCUUGAUGAAUAAAUGUAGCAAAUUUAAAUGCACUCAACCAGUGGUUUUCAAGUGGGACCUUAAAUUGGAUGACGAAUCUAAGUGACAAUGAGAAGUAAUAACUAAUUAUCUCCUUUUCUUGUGAUAUAAAGUGAUCUUCCAGAGAAAACACUGAAUUUCUUCAAACAAUUCCAUCUUUCAAAACUGUCUUGGGAAAAUGGAGUACAUAAGAUGCAUGUAUGUUCUUCUGUAAUGAUGUACUUUUUUAACAUUUGUCUCUUUGUUCGAGUAUGUUGUGUUCCAUUUUGAGUCCAAACUGCAAAAUAUUUCAUCAGUGGUUGGAUAUCUUAAAAGUUGGGGUUGUGGUUUCUCUUAAAGGGUAGUGGGUGAGUCCUGAUGGCAGACCAGUUGAGAACCACUGUACUAAACUCAGAUCCAGUUUGUUUGAGCUCAGUUUUAAGGCUUGCUUGUGAUAUUACACCAGCUUCCAGUGUUUUAUCUAUUGUCUUUUUAGGAUUGCUUUUAUAAUUUUCUUGUUAUUAAGCUGUUUUAAAGUUUUUGUGGGUUUUAAAAUAGAGCUAUAAAUAAA